CGAACGAGCCUGUGCAACUUGACUGUUAUUCUGGUGGCUUUCCUGUACCUAGAAUCUCAUGGUGUAGGGAAAAUAAUGCCAUAUUACCAAUUGGUGGAUUAACUUAUCAUGGCAAUAUAUUGAAAAUUCCUAUAAUUCAUAAGGAAGAUUGUGGGACAUAUUAUUGUAUAGCUGAAAAUGGAGUAGGACAUGAAGCUAGACGUAAUAUUAGUGUUGAAGUUGAAUUUGCACCUGUAAUCACAAUACCAAGACCACGACAAGCUUUACUACAUGACAUGGAUUUAGAAUGCCAUAUAGAAGCUUAUCCUCCACUAGCUAUUGUUUGGUUAAAAGGCGAUGUUCAACUUUUACAACUACAGAUCAAUAUAUUGAUACAACAAUUAGAGUGAUCACAAUUGGAAAAAAAUAAUGUGGAGAAUAUGUAUGCAAAGCUGCCAAUAAAUUGGGAACUGCAGAAACAAAGAUCGAAUUGUUUG